AUGGUGUCAACAAGACAGUCAAGUAAUGUAGGCAAUGCUGGAGAUAGUUCUAGUAAUGAUUCCACUGGCAUCAAAACAAGACAUAGUUCGCACCACACACAAAGUUCUGCUCUCAUACCCGUUACUCAUGCCUCAGAAUAUGUUUCCAAUAAACAUUUUUUGGACUUACCGCCCGAAAUUUUUGAGAAAAUCUUUAGCUAUACUGGCUAUAAGACAGUUUCUCAAAUGAGAUUGGUUUGCAGGCAAAUGGAUAGAAUAUGUAGUUCAGUUCUGAACUCAACUUUUCAGAAGCUUCAAACACAAAUGCUGCAUCGAUUUCAACACAUCAAAUCAAAAAUGCCCCGAAGGGAAUCUGCAAGACGCAAUCAUCCAUUAGCCUGUGAAAGUGAUAUAAUUGAGACAUUACAUAUGAGAUUAACAUUGCUUCAAAUGUCUUUUGGGAAGCACAUUGAGAGAAAGCAUUGUUGUUUUUUUGCUGGCGAGAUAUUAGAUGAAGUUUAUAGAAUUCUGCAUUAUAUUAAAGUCACACCAAAACUGGCUCGACCCUACAGAGUUACUGAUGAACUCUUUGAUUUAUCUACAAUGGCAAUGGAAUACUUCAAAGAACAUAUCGAGCCAACACUACCUGAAAUAGCCUAUUUUGGAACUGACUUUUUUGAUUUUACGAAUGGUUUGCAAAGUUCAUCUAAUAAUAAAAGUUGGAUGUUGGAUUCCCCUCCACAUAGCGGAAAAGCUGAGUAUGAGCCUGCUGGCCCUAGUGAAGAACGGUCUGGGGAACAACCCUCACCGCCACCCCCUCAGUCCAAUGUUGUACUUCGCAAGAGGAUACGAAAAAUCAAACAAGGAAUGAAAAAGUACAACUCUCAACUAAUUCUUAUGAAGCGGGAAUUACGAUCUUGUAAAGCAAAGAUUGCUGAUCAGCAGAAACAGUUUCAUGAAUAUGCUUCACGACUUGAUGAUUAUGACAAGAAGAGUGAUGAAACUUCGAGGAAGUUUAGCACACUUCUUCAGGAAUUGAACAAAUGCAAAACUGAGUUGCAAUAUUGGAGGUCUAAAUCUCCUUUAAGUUCUCUUUGUGUAUCCUGUGGGAAAACAACUACUGGGCUAACUGCUGAGGAUCUUCAAUUCCUUGCUACCCAGGGAACGAGUGCUAUGGACGAGGCAUCAACAAGUGAAUUAUGGCCUGAACCACCUCCAUUGCCUCAGUUAAAACGUAAAUCUGAAGAUACUCCACCCCCUGCAGUAUCAAAACGACCAAAAAAGUCAAGGGCGAUACUCAAAGUGCGUAACAAGCGGAGUUAG